CAGGACUUCCGCCGGAAGCUGGGAUAGCUGGGAAAUCUCAACCCCGAGUUCCGGCCGGUGUAUUUCUCGGCUGCUACAGGUCUCGUACCGAGUGGGCGGGUGAAGAUGGCUUGCGCCGCGGCGCGAUCCCCGGCCGACCAGGACAGGUUUAUUUGUAUAUAUCCUGCUUAUUUAAAUAACAAGAAGACUAUCGCGGAGGGCAGACGAAUCCCCAUAAGUAAGGCUGUUGAAAAUCCUACAGCUACAGAGAUUCAAGAUGUGUGCUCAGCAGUUGGACUUAAUGUAUUUCUUGAGAAAAAUAAAAUGUACUCCAGAGAAUGGAAUCGUGAUGUUCAGUACAGGGGCAGAGUUCGGGUCCAGCUCAAACAGGAAGAUGGCAGCCUCUGUCUUGUACAGUUCCCAUCACGUAAGUCGGUGAUGCUGUAUGCAGCAGAAAUGAUACCUAAAUUGAAAACAAGGACACAAAAAACAGGAGGUGGUGACCAAAGUCUUCAGCAAGGAGAGGGAAGUAAAAAAGGGAAAGGAAAGAAGAAGAAGUGACCUGGUAUGAGAAUCAAGUAUGUGAUACUACUGUAGAGACAUAAAUGGAGGUUUCUAAUUUGUAUCUGAGAGAAACAAGCUGUUUGUUUGUAUCAUUUAACUGAACUGUGAACAGUUGUGCCUCCCAGCUUCAGCAUCAGAGUUGACAGUGAAAUUUGUAUCAGAAGUUUGCAUCUAGCCUUUAUGCAGUAUAAAUUUUUUUUUUUUUUUUUUGCUGUUCAAUGCAGUUUCUGUGGAAGAAAAACAUUUGUGAACAGACAAUGGACGCUACCAUAAGUUACUUGAAAUCCUGUAUCUCUCCUCUAUGUAAACAUGUUCAGAUAAAUGAGUUUAAUAAGAUUUGAAACACAUUUUAUUUACCUUUUAAGUUAAUGAAAUAAAAUUUGAAACUGA